AUGGAUAUCCCCGAACAACCAAGUGCCGAGAUGCAACAGACAAGCACUUCCCCCCCAGAAAAUGCACAGGAGGCGGGAACGACCAACAACAACCCUUCAGCCUGGAAUCCGAGCUCCUCUCAUUGGGAAGAAAGGCAGCUAACCCCCUGGUGCCUCUCCACUUUGACGGAAAGGUUCACUGCUGCCAAGCUUUCUCUUCUCGAAGGAUCUGCAGAGCUAAUGUUUUUCAACGUCUCUGUCAAGGGCGAGGCCUCCUUGAGUUUGCGAAAGAACCGAAAAAUGCUCUUUUUCGACUUGAGCGCUGAAGCCGACUGGACGGCGACUGCAAGAGAUAAGGAUGGCAGAUUCUUAGCUGACUCCCGAGGCCACAUGACUCUCAAGGAGUUCAGUUCUGAUGACGAUGACUGCCGCAUCACCUUCUCUGGAGAUGGCAAAGUACCGCCACAGCACAGGAUUGAUAACGCAGCGAAGAAAGAGGGACCCCUCCAAGUUACUGAGCUUCUCAAGCAGUUCGUGCAAGAGAUGAGAAGCAAGGCAUGA